AUGUCCAACCUUUUGGAGGCUUCAUCGAGAACGAAAUUCUCCAAAGGAAAAAUUACAUGUGGGACCGCUGCAUGCCUUUUGGUGGCUUAUGGAGUUCGAAAAUAUUAUCCAAAAUUAUUUGGAAACAAAAAUAUUACUUCAAGAUCUACAAAGUCAGCUGAUUCUGAUGAUAAAAGCAAAAAUGAGAAUGACCAGAUUACACUGUGUGAGGACUCAAAAACUAUAUCCAAACGUAGUGCUGGAGUCAACAAAUACUUUUACAAACAACUUAAAGACUUAUUGAAAAUAAUUAUUCCAAGUCCAUGGACAAAGGAGUUCGGGUUGCUCAUUUUGCACACUGGCAGUUUGAUAGCCAGAACAUUUUUAUCAAUUUAUGUAGCGAAAUUAGAUGGUCGAAUUGUAAUGACAAUAGUUCAACGAGAUGUAGUUAAGUUUUUAAUGCAAUUGGCUAAAUGGUUGCUCAUUGCUGUGCCAGCAACUUUUAUCAAUAGUUUGAUUAGAUAUUUAGAGAGCAAACUUGCACUGGCAUUCCGUACAAGACUUGUCAAUCAUGCAUACAAGUUAUACUUUAAGAAUCAAACAUAUUAUGCUGUCAGUAACCUUGACAGUAGGCUUUCAAAUGCAGAUCAAUGUUUGACUGAAGAUAUAACCAGUUUCACGUCAUCAUUGGCUCAUCUAUAUUCAUGUUUAACAAAGCCACUUUUAGAUGUUGCAAUGAUGUCAUUUGCACUUAAUAGUUUAGCUAGUAGUAGGGGAGCUAGUUCCAAAGUUCCCAUUAUUGUAGCUGCAACUGCAAUUGCUGCUACAACGAAAAUUUUGAGGGCAGUUGCUCCAAAGUUUGGUAAAAUGGUAGCUGAGGAAGCAAAAAGAAAAGGUUAUUUACGAUAUGUGCAUUCAAGAAUUAUAACUAAUGCUGAAGAAAUUGCAUUUUAUGGUGGUCACCAGGUUACAUUAACUGAACAAAUGGAGAUUAUAUUUUCUAAAAGAUUGUGGUAUGUAAUGUUAGAACAGUUUUUAAUGAAGUAUGUUUGGAGUGCUUGUGGUUUAAUCAUGGUAGCUGUACCUAUUAUAACUGCUACUGGAAGACGAACAGAUGGUAGUUUAGUAGAUGAAGACCCUGAUGGUGGUGUCAGUGAAAGAACAAGAUCUUUUACUACAGCCAGAAAUUUGUUAAUCAGUUCAGCUGAUGCUAUUGAAAGGAUGAUUUCUUCAUAUAAAGAGAUAACAGAAUUAGCAGGUUAUACAUCAAGAGUAUCUGAAAUGUUUGAGGUUUUCCGUGAUAUUAAUCAAGGUCAUUUCAGUCGUCAACUAGUCACUAAGCCAAAAAAUAAUCUUACCAAAAUAGAUGGACCAAUUCUUUCACGAGGUGAAGUAGUGGAUAUUGAUGGUAAGAUAUAUAUAGAAGAUUUACCUAUUAUUACUCCUAAUGGUGAUAUUAUAGUAUCUAGUCUUUCUUUACAGAUGGAAGCAGGAAUGCAUUUAUUAAUUACUGGUCCAAAUGGAUGUGGUAAAUCAUCGUUAUUUCGUAUAUUAAGUGGUUUAUGGCCAGUAUAUAGUGGUAAACUUUAUAAACCACCAUUAUCUUCUUUAUUUUAUAUUCCACAACGACCAUAUAUGUCUAUAGGUAGUUUACGAGAUCAAGUUAUUUAUCCUGAUACUGUAGAAGAUAUGACUAGAAAAGGUUUUAUAGAUUCUGAUUUAUUGAAUAUACUAGAAAUAGUACAUUUAAAACAUAUUGUACAUAGAGAGGGAGGUUGGGAUAUUGAAAGUGAUUGGAAAGAUGUGUUAUCAGGGGGUGAGAAACAACGAAUGGGAAUGGCUAGAAUAUUUUAUCAUAGACCAAAGUUUGCUCUAUUAGAUGAAUGUACGAGUGCUGUAUCUAUAGAUGUAGAAAGUAAGAUAUAUCAAACAGCUAAAGAUUCUGGUAUAACACUUUUAACUAUUACUCAUAGACCUUCUUUAUGGAAGUUCCACACUCAUUUAUUACAAUUUGAUGGUGAAGGAGGGUGGAGAAUGGAACAGCUAGAUACCAGUACCAGAUUAUCAUUGAACGAAGAAAAACAACAACUUGAAACUCAACUUACAGGAGUUCCUAAGAUGCAGCAGAGAUUAAAAGAGCUCUGUUCUAUUUUGGGAGAGGAUUCUGUGUUACUUACUAAAAAGGGAAGCUUUGUCAAUUUGGAAACAUCUACUUUGAGUGAUAUUCAAGAAUGA